AUGACUUCUCCUAAUUCCAACUUGGCAACUGCCCUUCUACUUUUACUCAGCUUUCAACUACUUUCCACCAUCUCUGAAGGUAUUGUGCCUUCUGGAGACACCUUCAGUUAUGUAAACGAAGGUGAUUUUGGAGAAUAUAUCGUCGAGUACGAUGCAGAUUAUCGUACUCUCCCCCCUUUUAGUAACCCAUUCCAGCUUUGUUUCUACAACACCACCCCUAACACAUUCACUCUCGCUCUACUUGGUGAGAAAGCCACCCUCACCUUAGGUACAGAUGGAAACCUUGUCCUGGCGGAUUCCGAUGGCCGGAUUGCCUGGCAAACUAAUACCGCCAACAAGGGUGUGGUCGGUUUUCAGGUGCUCCCCACCGGUAACAUGGUACUUCAUGAUGGUACUGGCACUUUCAUAUGGCAAAGCUUCGAUUCCCCAACUGAUACUCUCUUGGUGGGUCAAUCACUCCGAGCUGGUGGUGCUAGUAAGCUGGUGAGCCGGGCUUCCGCCGAGAACAACAUUGACGGACCUUAUAGCUUGGUGAUGGAGCCUAAGCGGUUAGCCUUGUAUUACAAGAGCGCUAACUCGCCUUACCCAAUGCUUUAUUGGACGUCUGUGGAGUGGUUCACUGUUGAUGUCGGUAGUGUGACCAAUGGUAGUUUGAUCAAUUUAACUCUGACGUCGGUCCCAGAUACCGAUGAGGGUUUUCUGUAUUACUUGACUUUUGAUUAUUACAUCACAAACCCACUUUCCGGUUGGAAUCGCAACAUGGCGUUUUCACGAUACAACAACACCUUAUCGUAUCUCCGACUAGGGAUAGAUGGAAACCUUAAAUUCUACACGUAUAAUCCGAACGUGCAAGGUGUGUCCUGGGAACUGGUCUACACGUUUCUCGACCGGAACUCCAUAGAAAGUGAGUGCCAAUUGCCGGAACGAUGUGAAAAGUUUGGGCUAUGUGAGGAUAACCAGUGUGUUGCAUGCCCAACACCAUUUGGACUAAGUGGGUGGAGCAAAGAUUGUGAGGCAAACAAGGUGACAUCUUGUCAAGCAGGUGACUUUGGCUACUUCAAGCUUGAUGGGGUUGACCAUUUUAUGACCAAGUACACAACGGGAGAUUGGGUAUCCAAUCAAUGGGACUGCGAGAGCAAAUGCACCAAGGACUGCAAUUGCAUGGGGUAUUUCUACCACACCGCUGAUUCCAGGUGCUGGAUUGCAUAUGAUUUGAAGACAUUAACAAGGGUUGGAAACUCGACUCAUUUGGCGUAUAUCAAAGCACCUUACAAGUUAUCCCUAAAUGGAAUUCGUCUUUGA